AUGAAACUUCAAGAGGGCCUGUCUUGUACCCUCCAAUGCCUGUGUAUAAAAAGCAAGCUCCUGUGUCAAGUCAUCAUUCACAUCCACCUCUUGUUCUCGAUCAAUAUCAACAGAAAGCUUGUUUAUCCACUCUCUUUGAAGGUUCAGUCAACUUCACAUCCUCAUCUCCUUUUGAGUCUGAUUCAGACUCAGAAGCCUCCACAUCAAACUCCCCAAUCCCAGCAUCUUUCAGAUUCUCAACUGCAAAUACUGUCAGUUCUUUCUAGAGUACCUCCAUCUAAUAUUCUAUCAAAACAAACAUGCAAUCAGCUAAACAUACUCUCAAUCAUUGUUUUCAAAAAAAAAAAAAUCCAUGCUACUUCACAGCCACAAAAUCCCAAAGCAAGCAUUACAAGCAGGGAGCCAAAUAAAGGUGAGACGGCGAGGACUGGUGCUUCCCUCCAUUAA